AUGGCGGCCGCGGCAGUCGCUGGCAUCGGCAGCAACGACGCGCCACUGAAGCGGCCGCGUCGCCCCAGCAGCAGCGUCAGAAUGGAGGGCAGCACGAGCAGAGGAGGCGGAGGAGGAGGAGGCGACGGUGGCGGCUGCUGCUGCUCGAGCAGCGGCAAGGGGCUUGCGCCCGCGGAGCCGGCGACGACGACGAGGCUGGUGGUGAUCGUCGGCGCCACGGGCACGGGCAAGACCAAGCUGUCCAUCGACGCGGCCGUGGCGCUGGGCGGCGAGGUCGUGAACGCCGACAAGAUACAGCUCUACGCGGGCCUCGACGUCACCACCAACAAGGUGCCGCACGCCGACCGCCGCGGCGUCCCGCACCACCUCCUGGGCGCGGUCCGCGCCAACGCGGGCGAGCUCCCCGCGCCGUCGUACCGCGCGCUCGCCGCCGAGGCCGCGGCCUCCGUCGCGGCGCGUGGCCGGGUGCCCGUCGUGGCCGGGGGCUCCAACUCGCUCAUCCACGCGCUCCUCGCCGACGACGACCGCCUCGGCGACGGCGGCGAAGACCCGUUCAAGGCCGACGACGGGUACUACCGGCCGUCGCUGAGGUUCCCGUGCUGCCUCCUCUGGGUGGACGUGGACGGCGCGGUGUUGGACGACUACCUGGACCGGCGCGUGGACGACAUGGUGCGCGAGGGCAUGGUGGAGGAGCUCCGGGAGUACUUCGCGUCCACGUCCCCCGCGGAGCGCGCCUCCCACGCGGCCGGGCUGGGCAAGGCCAUCGGCGUGCCGGAGCUGGGCGACCACUUCGCGGGCCGCAAGAACCUCGCCGCCGCGAUCAACGAGAUCAAGGCCAACACGCGGGUGCUGGCCGCGGCGCAGGUGCGCAAGAUCCAGCGCAUGGCCGACGCCUGGGGCUGGCCCGUGCAGCGCCUGGACGCGACGCCCACGGUCCGCGCGCGGCUGGCCGGCGCCGGGCGCUCCGCCGAGGCCGCCGCGUGGGAGCGCGACGUGUUCGGGCCUGGCCUCGCCGCCAUGCGCCAGUUCCUCGACAGCCACGAGCAGCAGCAGCAGCAGCAGCAGCAGCAAAGGUGGCCGCUGGCGCGGAGGCGAUGCCGUGGCAUGGUGGGGUGA